AUGGCUUCCAGAUCAGAGGAGGAUCUCUGCUGUCCGGUCUGUCAGGAGGUCUUCAGAGAUCCUGUUGUUCUGUCAUGUAGCCACAGUUUCUGUAAAGUCUGUCUGAAGAACUGGUGGAGACAGAAUCCAUUACACGAGUGUCCAGUUUGUAAGAGAAGAUCUUCAAAAGAUGAUCCACCUUCAAACUUGGUGCUGAGGAACCUGUGUGAGUCCUUCUUACAGGAGAGAGAUCAGAGAUCUCCAGAGGCUCUCUGCAGUCUGCACUCUGAGAAACUCAGACUCUUCUGUCUGGACCAUCAGCAGCCAGUGUGUCUCGUCUGCAGAGAUUCGAGAAAACACUUCAACCACAGAUUCAGUCCCACUGAUGAAGCUGCAACAGAUCUAAAGGAGAUCCUUCAGGAAACUCUGGAGCUCUUAAAGGAGAAGUUAAAGGUUUAUGAAGAAGUUAAAGUGAAGUUUGAUGCAACAGAAAAACACAUCAAGGUCCAGGCCCGACACACAGAGAGGCAGAUUAAGGAGCAGUUCAAGAAGCUUCACCAGUUUCUAGCAGAGGAAGAGGAGGCCAGGAUGGCUGCACUGAGGGAGGAAGAGGAGCAGAAGAGUCAGAUGAUGAAGGAGAAGAUGGAGGCUCUGAGCAGAGAGAUAGCAGCUCUUUCAGACACAGUCAGAGCCACAGAGGAGGAGCUGAGAGCUGAAGACGUCUCAUUCCUCAACAACUACAAGGCUGCAGUGGAAAGAGUCCAGCGCUGCCUCCUGCUGGAUGAUCCACAGCUGCCCUCAGGAGCUCUGAUAGACCAGGCCAAACAUCUGGGCAACCUGGCCUUCAACAUCUGGAACAACAUGAAGGACCUGGUCUCCUACACUCCUGUCAUUCUGGAUCCAAACACUGCUGGAACAACACUGAUCCUGACUGAAGAUCUGACCAGUCUGAGACGAGGAGAUAAACAACAACUUCCUGAUAAUCCAGAGAGGAUUGAUUAUUUCUGGUCUGUCCUGGGCUCUGAGGGCUUUAACUCAGGGACUCACAGCUGGGAUGUUGAGGUUGGAGACAGCACAUUCUGGUUUCUGGGUGUGUUAGCAGAGUCUGACCAAAGAAAGGGAGACAUGCUAUCUGUAUUGUGUGGAAUAUGGUUAAAUGAAGGUGAAUACUUAACACUAUCACCACCAGCACCUUCCACUGAUCUCCCAGUAGAGAAGAAGUUCCAGAGGAUCAGAGUGAAUCUGGACUGGAACAGAGGAAAUCUGUCCUUCUCUGAUCUUGAUACUAACACACACAUACACACCAUCAAACACACUUUCACUGAGAGGAUGUUUCCUUUAACUUUCAAUGGAGAUGAACUCCCCCUGAAGAUUUUACCAGUUAAUGUCUCUGUGUCAGUGAAUCAGAUCAGUUAGAGACAAACAGGAUGACUAUUAAUGUU